CAGGAGGCGCUAGAUGCAUCGUCGAAGUAAACUUGGUGACUCGUUGUGUCUGGCUUUACUGAACCGGACUGGGGGACUAGGGGACAUGAGCUUGCUGUAUGUGAUGAGGAUAGGAGGCACAUAUCCAGGAAGCCCCAUCGCCUCACAGCCAAGACAUGCAGACGAGGUCUUAUAUAGGCGGGGACAUGAAGGUCCGCUUUUUAGCCACGCACCGGGCAAAUACUGAUCCGAAGAUUCUGGGGACCGGCGGCCACGGUGGCCAGGGUCGUGAGGAAUUGACGGCAGGCAACUGCGCAGAGAGUGCCCGUCCUGAGCAGGAGCGUCUGCUGGCGCCACCGCAUUGCUUUGACGCAGACAUCGGCCAGACAAGAGUCUCCUGGAACGGCGGUCAGGGCGCACCCGCCACUGUCAGAACCCAAGAACACACAGCCGAGGCCGACAUCACAUCCCUCGCAAAUCCUGCCAACGCCAAUCGACCUCCGUGUCGGGGACCCGUGUCCACGCCGAUACUGCCAUGGAUGCCCGGCACGGCGGGUGUCCGGGCGAGCCUGCCUCACCACUCUCACAAGCCACAAGCAUUCCACCGCGACCGGAGAGGCAGAGACGCCAACUUCUGCGUCCUCGUUCCACACUUCUCCACCCUUGGCGUGGUCUCGCAUCGGCCCAACCCACAAGCCUGCAUAGAACCAUGGCGAAUACGGCUAGACCACCGAUGUGGUAAUUCCUUCAUGUCUUUGCCUUUGUGUCCCUCCGCAAUGUCUCAGUUCCGCGUUCCCGAUCUUUUCGCCACCCAUCUGUCGGGUUUCCUUGGCAGGGGCAACGACCUCGCGAUACGGGACAUGGCCGACGCCUACGUAAUAGUGCGCAUGCACACAACCCCGCGAGUCGAUGCCAACAAUCGUCGCUGAAGUACUUUUCGCCAGCCGAGGUAAUUGGUCUGAGGGGAGGUUGCCGACAAGUAUCGACGUCAGUUGAGAGGCACGCACCUGGACCUGUGAGCUAACAGCUGUUCAGGCUCACAAACUGGCUAAACCUAUCUUGACAUGCUGUCGAGACCAUGCAGAAGCACACAGCUGAUCACCACUCAGCGGCCUUCAUGAAAGCGCCUCGUAUUCCGUGGGGCCUCCACCCUAACAUCCCACUUCGCUGCGCAGCCUUCCUUGCUUUUCCAGCUUCUGUUUGGCAACCUGUGGCCUGCAACCAUCACGACACCGCCAUCUGCUGACACGGCCAUUCUCCUCUGAAGACCCUCCUCUCAAGACGGGCAAAUCACGUGGCCGCCGCGGCUUGUCCUCGGUUACCGCUCACUGUCGGCGAACAGCGGCUUGACAACACAUCCGCAGAUCCGAGAUGCAUCUGUGCUCGUAUUGGGAGCAGCGCUGUUCAAUAGCGCAAAGAAACCACCAUGGCCUCAUUUUGUCGUGGGAUCACAACUUUGCCAACAAAACCGAACAAGGCUUCUCGCGUCUGGUCCGGCCAACUCACAGCGAGGCCGUUACACCACAGCCAGAAAGAGCUCUAUAUUGACGGGCAGCUGCGCUACUGCAAAUGACAAGCAACGGUGUCGUCACAUGGUUCCCAGCCACCCUGGCUUGAUCUGUGUCUUUCGGCUACCCCCACUCCUGCUGUAUCCCGAUCGAGCGAUUGGGCUUGAGCCCGCUUGAAUACCCUCAGGUCGCUUCUAGCUGCCGUUGUUGGCCUGGCCGAUCAUCACCGUCCGCCGCAGCGCUAAAUCUUUUAUCAUUUUAUUUCAAAAUUUCCCCCGUCCUUGUGCGGCUGGCCACUUAAAACGGUCAUUCCAUCAUUCACUCGCCCUCCGCUUUGGUGGAUCCGUCGACCGACACGAGGUAUUUUCUCAGCCAGUCCUCGCUCUCCCCCUCGCUUUCUCCAGGGGUUCCAAUCCGCCUUGAGCACAUGCAUAGUGCAUGGAGGGCAGUUGCGUACGGCCUUCGUGUGGCAGCCCAUUCAGUUGUGUACUUUGGUCUGCCAAACUAGGCGGAGGGGUGGAGACUUUUAUCGUCGAGUCAACGGCCAGCUCGCCGAAAACAGCGCUCGCCGAUGCUGUGUCGCCAUGCACGAGCAAGGAGUGGCUAGCCACACUUUGGCCAGCUCGCCGGUGCCUCCAGCGAAUGGAGAGCCGGAUGGCUGGGCGUGUGGAUCACUCGCGUGGUAUUUUUAACGCUCUCUCCACGGCAUGCGCCUCCAAGCUCUGGCGCACGGCCUACAUGGCGCCUGGCGAUCGUUACUGAUACAACGUUGGCAGGGGUCGACAGUCAGCGAUGGCGAGCGGCAGGUGAGAAAUACGACUCUCGGAGCCGCGCAUUCGUUCUCCAAGGUAGCAUCCAGCGGCACCCAAGCCAGGGGCUACAUUUUUCUCGCUCUGCUGGGCCGCACCUCGUGGAUCGACUUGCGCAAUACGGGGGCCACUUGGGUUGGACAUGAGCAACGGCAUGGUCGCCAGGAAGAAGACGCUAAUACUGCCAGCAGGCUAGGCCGUCAUCCUCAAAUCAUUAUGGGGUGAGAUCGUCUCUGGCCCACCAUUCUGCGUGGUGGUCUGGAAGCAGGGCAGAAGCCUGCCCUGACGGAUAAAAAGGAAG